GAAUCGCAGGUAAUACUGGCUGCAGGUUUCGUGAUCGUUACCUCUCGGUCGGUCAGUCAUUCGUCGGCCAUCAACCACGAUCGUUAUGCUGUCACAGUGUUAGCGCAGUUAUGAACACGCUCGUUGCACUUACUCUAGCCUUCUCUUUGUUGACUUUAUCGGCAUCGCUGGCAGAUCAUGGUGUGAAAAGAAGUCCGAAACCACCAUGGGCACGUCCGGUGAACAACAAUUACAACGAACAGACGAAUUACAACGAGCACAGAGGUCCACCGGGUGGUAUUCCUCCAGGAUUAUCCGGCAGGGUUCCGCCAGGUUUGAGCGGUGAUGCUCCUCCAGGAAAAAGUCAAGGAAAAGGUCAAGGGAAACCUGGAGGUAAACCUUCUUGGUCCGGAGAAUUGAUCGAUGAAAAAGAAAUCAUGAAUUCGAGUCAACAACUAGGGGACAAUGAAGUAUACUGCAAGAAAAACGAGUUCCGUUGUAGAAACGGCGAAUGUUUGCCGAGUACCAUGAGGUGCGACAACAAAUUCGAUUGUCGCGAUUCAAGCGACGAGCUAGACUGCGUUCGAGAAGCGGAAAACGAAACCGGCUGCGCCCUUCCUGAACAACCUGAAGGUGGAAGUUACGAACUAGGUGGUUGCGGUAAACCUUGCCCCAAACGUUCAGGAGAUAAAGUUCCCAGGAACAGUAUUCUGACUUACACCUGUAGACCGAAUUACAUUUUAAACGGAAGCGCCGUUUCCGUUUGCGUUAACGACGCGUGGUACAAUCUGCCUUCCUGUCUCAGAACGUGUCCUUCAUUGAACAGCAACACGGUGAAUAUUUUAUGCACUUACCAAGGGAACGAAGUGUCUUGCAGCGAUCGAAUUAGACCUGGAACAGUGGCGACUUUGUCGUGCAAAUCGUCCUACAAAUUGCCCGUGACGAAUGACCCAGGCUAUCGCACAGUCACUUGUCUCGAAGACGGAUUAUGGGACCGUCGUCUCUUCCGUUGUCUUCCUGAGUGUGGAACACCGGUUUCACAUGGUAAUACUUUGGUCGUGAAUGGAUUCGAAGCCAAAUUAGGCAUAUUUCCAUGGCACGUUGGUAUUUAUAGCAAAGAUAAAGAUGAAUAUGAGCAAAUUUGCGGAGGCACUCUUAUAAGCAACAAUCUAAUUAUAUCAGCCGCUCAUUGUUUCUACGACGAGGUGUACAAUAAAGUCAACGACAAAUCCCAGUACGCAAUAGCAGCCGGCAAGCAUUAUCGUAAUUGGGAUGCCAAUGAACAGUACGCACAAAAAUCCAUGGUGAAAGAGAUUUUGUUACCGGAAAGGUACAUCGGAGCUAGAGCAAAUUUCGCCCAAGAUAUAGCUUUGAUCAAAUUGAUCACUCCCUUUGAAUUGACCGCACUGGUGCGACCGAUUUGCAUAGACUGGGACAGCGAGUACGAGCGGGUGCAGUUGCAAGUGGGUCAAAGCGGCAAGUCUGUUGGUUGGGGUAAAACGAUCAAAGAUACAUCCAGUGAGACCCUCCAAGAGGUGAACAUGCCCUUCGUUCCCUACGAUCAGUGCCUAUCAGCAGUACCUUAUGAUUUUCGGGGAUACAUCACGUCUGAUAAAUUUUGUGCUGGACGCUUGAAUGGCUCGAGUCUCUGCGAAGGAGACAGCGGAGGAGGUUUGUGCUUCAAAAUACAUGAAACUUGGUACAUACGAGGUGUAGUCAGCGUCAGUCCAGUGAAGGCCGAUAGAUGUGAUUACCAUUCUUACACGGUAUUCACCUCGACUGACUACUUCCGAGAUUGGAUUCGUGCCGCUUACAUCAACUCGUAAAUAAAGGCUGCUUAAUGGCUGUUCUUAAUAUUUCCAUGACAUUGAUCAGUGAUGAACAGCAAUCAACGAUCGGUACAUAUUGUAGAUUAAAUGAGAAAGAAUGAAUCGUUUUGAGUCAGCAAACGGAAUACACAUGAAUACCUCAUUAAAUAUAUGUUUACGUAAUAAAUCAUAUAAUCUGUUGGGUAACAGUUAUUAAUCUUGAUCUCGCACAGGUUAUAAUACAAGAAUCACACGACACGAAGAAUAUUUUGUUGAUUCACCAAAAAAUCUGGCUUGAUCUACGGCGAAGCUCGGAUUGAAAUGCUUUGCCUUUGGUAUCAGUUAUAUCCAAUCGGGAAUCUAAAUUAGCAACAGCAACGGUUCGUUAUUUAUAUCGAAACUUUGAUAUUUACGAUGCGAAACUGCCAGAAUGAAAACACUUUUUUUUUAAUUCAUUCGAGUGGUUCAUAUUUCCCGUAGGAAUUUCCAAACGGUAUCGAGAUUAUUUAUGGCAAUGUUCUAUGACUAUUGUUGAUUUUGUAAAAUAAUGAAUGAUUUUAGUAGACUCUAUUAGUACGUUAAAUUUGAAUUAUAAUACAUUUUCGUGAUGAUAAGCAGAAGGAGAAAAAUGUGAAUUGAAUACAGGAAGUGAUUACAAAAUCCAUUAAGCCGUAAGCUAAUUGCGGCAGUUUAACGCGAUAACAACUAAUUAUUUAAUCAACGCACCCGCGUAAUCGUGGAUGUUCAGCAUCAGUGAAAUACUCGAAUCGAACGGUGUACAGAACGUGUUACACAUUUAUGGGAGUCUGUGUUUACUUUGCAUAACUAUUCAUACGCUUAUAGCUGACGCGUGUUUACACAUUUGCGAAUGGGCUUCCGAUUGCGCAACUAAAACGAUGUAUUACUGUUUAAUAAAAAUUGAUACCCAAUAUUUAAAA